CCAGGGCCGGACGUCUGUAGGUCGGGGGGACAAGGGUAAAGUGUGUAUGAGAGAGAGAGAGGGGUAAAUAGCUCCCAUUUAAUAACAUUUCACAUUUGUCAGUUUGGGUUUGAAAAGCAAACGACGGCCCAAAGAUGAUGACCAUGACCCACAUGGAGAGCAUGGUGCGCUACGACAACGGUUACGAGGAUGAGUACAUGAUGCAGGAGGAUGAGUGGGACCGGGACAUGCUCCUGGACCCAGCCUGGGAGCAGCAGCAGAGGAAAACCUUCACUGCCUGGUGUAACUCCCACCUGAGGAAAGCCGGCACACAAAUCGAAAACAUUGAGGAAGACUUGAGGAACGGACUCAAACUCAUGCUGCUUCUGGAAGUCAUCUCAGGUGAGAGGCUACCCAAGCCCGACAGAGGGAAGAUGCGCUUUCACAAGAUUGCAAACGUCAACAAAGCACUGGACUUCAUCACGAGCAAAGGAGUAAAACUGGUCUCCAUCGGAGCUGAAGAGAUCGUGGAUGGGAACGUAAAGAUGACGCUCGGAAUGAUCUGGACCAUUAUCCUCCGCUUUGCCAUUCAGGACAUUUCUGUUGAAGAAACAUCCGCCAAAGAAGGCCUCCUCUUGUGGUGUCAGAGAAAGACCGCCCCCUACAGGAAUGUCAAUGUGCAGAACUUCCAUGUCAGCUGGAAGGACGGCCUGGCCUUCUGCGCCCUGAUUCAUAGACACAGACCCGACCUCCUCGACUACUCUAAGCUCAGCAAGGAUGAUCCUCUGGGGAACCUGAACCUGGCCUUUGACAUAGCAGAGAAACACCUGGACAUUCCCAAAAUGCUUGAUGCAGAAGAUAUCAUCAACACCCCCAAGCCUGACGAAAGAGCUAUCAUGACCUAUGUGUCCUGCUUCUAUCAUGCUUUUGCUGGCGCAGAGCAGGCAGAGACGGCCGCCAACAGAAUCUGUAAGGUGCUGGGUGUGAACCAGGAGAAUGAGAAGCUGAUGGAGGAGUAUGAGAGACUGGCCAGCGAGCUGCUGGAGUGGAUCCGCCGCACCACUCCCUGGCUGGAGAACCGCACCCCGGAGAAGACCGUGGCGGAAAUGCAGAGGAAGCUGGAGGACUUUCGGGACUACAGGCGCCAGCAUAAGCCCCCCAAGGUGCAGGAAAAGUGCCAGCUGGAGAUCAACUUCAACACCCUGCAGACCAAGUUGCGCAUCAGCAACCGGCCUGCCUUCAUGCCCUCCGAAGGCAAGAUGGUGUCUGACAUUGCCACGGCCUGGCAGGGCUUGGAGCAUGCAGAAAAGGGCUAUGAGGAGUGGCUCCUCACAGAGAUCCGCAGGUUGGAGAGACUGGACCACCUGGCCGAAAAGUUCCGCCAAAAAGCCACCAAUCAUGAAAACUGGGCCAGCGGCAAAGAAGUGCUUCUGUCCCUGAAGGAUUACGAAACAGCCACCCUGACAGAAAUAAAGGCACUGCUACGAAAACACGAGGCCUUUGAGAGCGACUUGGCAGCCCACCAGGACAGAGUGGAGCAGAUUGCCGCCAUUGCACAGGAGCUAAAUGAGCUGGACUACCACGAUGUGGCGGCUGUGAACCAGCGCUGCCAGAGCAUCUGCGACUUGUGGGACAGGCUGGGAACCCUCACCCAAAAAAGGAGAGAGGCACUGGAGCGCACAGAUAAGCUGCUGGAGACCAUCGAUCAGUUGUUCCUGGAGUUUGCCAAGCGCUCUGCUCCUUUCAACAACUGGAUGGAGGGCGCCAUGGAGGACCUGCAGGACAUGUUCAUGGUGCACACUAUUGAGGAAGUCCAGAGUCUAAUUGCAGCUCACGAGCAGUUCAAAGCCACUCUCCCAGAGGCGGAUGCUGAGCGACAGGCCAUCUUGGGAAUCCACAAUGAGGUGCAGAAAAUCUCCCAGAGCUAUGGGAUCAAGGCUAACAUUAUCAACCCCUACAGCACCAUCACGACCGACGAGCUCCUCAUCAAAUGGGACAAGGUUAAGAAGUUGGUUCCUCAGAGAGACAGUGCCCUGCAGGAGGAGAUGGCACGCCAGCAUGCCCAUGAAAGGUUGAGGCGGCAGUUUGCUGCCCAGGCUAAUCUAAUCGGACCCUGGAUACAGACCAGGAUGGAGGAAAUUGGACGCUGCGCCCUGGAGAUAGGGGGCACCUUGGAGGACCAGAUGACCCAACUCAAGCAGUGCGAGCAUGUCAUUGUCGCCUACAAGCCCAACAUCGACAAGUUGGAGGGAGACCACCAGCUCAUCCAGGAGUCGCUGGUGUUUGACAACAAGCACACCAACUACACUAUGGAGCACAUUCGCGUGGGCUGGGAGUUGCUCCUCACGACCAUCGCCCGCACCAUCAACGAGAUUGAAACCCAGAUCCUGACCCGCGACGCCAAGGGCAUCAGCCAGCAGCAGAUGAAUGAAUUCAGAUCUUCCUUCAACCACUUUGAUCGGAAGAAGAAUGGCGCCAUGGAGACGGAUGACUUCCGAGCCUGCCUCAUCUCCAUGGGCUAUGAUCUGGGCGAGGUGGAGUUUGCCCGCAUAAUGAUCCUAGUUGACCCCAACGGGACAGGAAUCGUCUCCUUCCAGUCUUUCAUCGACUUCAUGACCAGAGAAACUGCCGACACCGACACCGCCGAGCAAGUUGUGGCAUCCUUCCGCAUCCUGGCAGCUGACAAGCCUUACAUUCUGGUGGAGGAGCUGAGGAGAGAGCUUCCGUCCGAGCAAGCGGAGUAUUGCAUCAUGAGGAUGCCGCCGUACACGGGCCACGGGGUGCCACCGGGGGCGCUAGACUACACUGCCUUCUCCACCGCCCUCUACGGAGAGAGCGACCUUUAAUCCUCGCAGCAUGCACCCAUUGCUAGUUCUUGAUUUAUGCAUUCUAGGGAAUCUGUAACAAGAGGAGACUCCUUCUAAAUUCACAGAAAUGUUCAAAAUGCCAUGCAUUGAUUUAACGUGUCCUUGCGGUUCUUUUGUAGCAUCUGAUAAAGCAUUCACAGAUCCUUUAAGUCAUUUGGAAAGUCAUCCAAACAAGUCCAACAUUGACUGCUAAAUGACCCUAACUCAAACAUGUUACCCAGGAGUUGGGAAAACACACAAACGUAAAAUAUUUAAAUUCAUCUUAUGCUUUAAGGGCAUACAUGCUUUCUUUUGCCAACUGAACAGCCGCCAGUAAUUUCGUCUGUGUGUUUUAUGCUUUUAAUGUAUGUGCUGAUUAAAUAUGCUCAUUGUUCUGGUGAUGCAUGUUACAACCUUUUCUUUAUUACACUCAUUCAUCCCAACAAAGGCUACAACACUGCUGGAGAGGCAUAUGUUACUUUUCAUUGUACCCAAAGUAUUUGAGGAGCAUUAAUGAAAUAAAUGGUAUUCAAAUCAUGUCUGUGUGGUGCUGUCCAGAGAGUCAAUUAGGCCAUAUUUAAAAUGAUUGCAAGAUGGAGGGGUGUCCAAUAGCAAAUGUUUUCGGGAUAAUUGCUC